GCUGCUCCUAAAAACGCGGCGCGGACGCCGCGGAAGCGCGUUUCACAGCUCUUACACAAGCCGACUAUCGAGUGCGUGCUGCCAGGCGACGCCUUACUAGCGUCGACGCCGUCCAACACAGCUGCCACACACCCACACUGUUACAGCGCUACACGGCGCGGGACGACCGCCACGCCGCCGCAGCCAUGGACGACGCCAAGAGGAUAGCCGAAAGCGCUCUCAAAACAGCCAAAAAGUACGCCGACGAGUCGCCGCUCCAAACGCUACGAAUGAUCGAAUGGGGCUGCUGCUUUUUGGCGUGGACUCUAUUAGCAUCCGCCCACCGGUCGAAGUUCGACGGGCUCUACGAAUACCAGAACUACACGCCGUUGACCUUUUUGUUGAGCGGGUUAGUGAUGGACUUCCUCAAACUACCAGCACUUUACGUGGCCGAGCACGGGUUCCGUAUUGAUCAGCAAUUAUUGAGGAAGGUGGAACUAUAUGGCUCCAUGUACAUGACAGCGUGGCUGGGUAUUGGCUUCGUCGCCGCGGCAUCUGCUUCCAGUGUCUUACAUGACGAAUUUGGCGGGGCCUCUACUUGUGGACCUUCCAAUGGUACCCAUCAACAGAAGCGCAAGGCGUCCUACUUCUGUGCUAGGGUGGACGCCGCUAUUAGCUUUGCGUUCUUCGCGUUUCUCGCGUCGGCGGCGUCUUUGUUUCUCGUGGUGCGGAACCGGAGUCGUCGUAGUGAAGAGGAGGACGACGAGGAGGCGAACCCCCUCCAUAAUGGCGACGCGUCGCCGGUCAAGGACGCGGACGGCCGGACCUUCGAGCCGUCGGCGUUCGGCCGCAUGGACGCGCUCUCCGGGAAUGGAGACGGGAUGGGGGCCGUGGACCUGUAAGUGUGUUAAAGAGCUUCGCGUC